UAAUUAUAUGAGAGUGUAACAUAACAAUGAAACAAAGUAGGAUAAGGUAAAAGAAGGGACCCUUUCAUCACUUUGUCUCAGUGUGUGGUGUGUUUUGUGUAUAUGAACAAAGAUCUUCCAAAACCAAAAUCAAAACCCUCCCUUCAUUUUCAAAACCACAUUCACAACCCUCCUCAUGGUCUUUCUGGUUUGGUUCAACUGAAGUAACUUAUAACUCUCACUCUCAAAACCACAUAAAGAAGAAAAAAAACAAAAAAAGAAAAAAUGUAUGGUGAUUGUCAAGUUAUGUCAACAAUGGGAGGGAAUGUAGUUGUAAACUCAGACACACUCUUCUCUUCUCCGAUCCAAAACCCUAACUUCAACUUCAUGCAAACAAUGCCUUUUCAACCUUUUCCUUCAAUGAAAGAAGAAGAUGGAAUGUUGAGAGGGAAAGAAGAGAUAAUGGAAAGUGGUUCAGGUAGUGAACAAGUUGAAGAUAAGUCAGGGAAUGAACAAGAGAGUAAUGUUGAACAACAACCUUCAAAGAAAAAACGUUAUCAUAGACACACUGCUCGUCAGAUCCAAGAAAUGGAAGCUUUGUUCAAGGAAUGUCCACACCCAGAUGAUAAACAAAGAUUGAAACUAAGCCAUGAUUUAGGGUUGAAACCACGUCAAGUUAAAUUUUGGUUUCAGAAUCGCCGAACUCAAAUGAAGGCACAACAAGAUCGUUCAGAUAAUGUGAUACUUAGAGCAGAGAAUGAGAGUUUAAAGAAUGAGAAUUAUCGGCUACAAUCGGCACUACGUAAUAUUAUUUGUCCUAACUGUGGUGGUCCAUGUAUCAUGGGUGCUGAUCUCGGCUUGGAUGAUCAUCAACUUCGACUUGAAAAUGCUCGCUUAAGAGAAGAGUUAGAACGUGUAUGUUGUAUAACAUCAAGAUAUUCUGGUCGACAAAUCCAAACAAUGGCACCACCACCAUCUCUAAUGCCACCAUCGUUGGAUUUAGACAUGAACAUUUACCCAACAAGACACUUCAAUGAUCAAAUUCCACCUUGUUCACAAAUGAUUCCUGUCCCUAUGUUACAUUCUGAACCAUCACAUUUUCAAGAGGGUGGUCUUUUAUUAAUGGAAGAUGAAAAAUCACUUGCUAUGGAGCUUGCAGCUUCUUCAAUGACUGAGCUUGUUAAAAUGUGUCAGACAAAUGAACCACUUUGGAUUAGGAACAGUGAGAGUGAAAGAGAAGUGCUUAAUUUUGAAGAGCAUGCAAGGCUUUUUCAAUGGCCUUUGAAACUUGAACAUAGAAGUGAAUUGAGGACUGAAGCUACACGUGAUGCUGCUGUUGUUAUUAUGAAUAGUGUUACUCUUGUUGAUGCUUUUCUUGAUGCUCAAAAAUGGAUGGAGUUGUUUCCAACAAUUGUUGCUAGAGCAAGAACUGUUCAAAUUUUAGCUUCUGGUGCUUCUGGACAUGCAAGCGGAACUCUUCAGCUGAUGUAUGCAGAAUUCCAAGUUCUUUCUCCAUUGGUGUCCACUCGAGAGAUUCAUUUUCUUCGGUAUUGUCAGCAAAAUGCUGAAGAAGGAACCUGGGCCAUUGUUGAUUUUCCUGUUGAUAGCUUUCAUCAAAAUUUUCACAAUUCUUAUCCUAGAUACUGCAGAAGGUCCUCUGGCUGUGUCAUUCAAGAUAUGCCAAAUGGCUAUUCAAGGGUAACAUGGGUUGAGCAUGCAAAAGUAGUAGAGAAACCAGUCCAUCAAAUAUUCAGUAACUAUGUGUAUAGUGGAAUGGCAUUUGGUGCUCAACGUUGGUUAGGAGUUUUGCAGAGACAAUGUGAAAGGGUUGCAAGCCUCAUGGCUAGAAACAUAUCAGAUCUUGGAGUGAUACCUUCUCCCGAAGCUCGAAAGAAUUUGAUGAAACUAGCUCAUAGGAUGAUCAAAACUUUUAGUCUUAAUAUGACAACUUGUGGUGGUCAAUCAUGGACUGCUAUCUCCGAUUUACCAGAAGACACUGUUAGAAUCACAACUCGGAAAAUCACCGAGCCAGGCCAACCUAAUGGCGUUAUUCUCGCUGCAGUUUCAACCACUUGGCUUCCUUAUUCUCAUACUAAGAUCUUUGAUUUCCUUAGAGACGAACGCCAUCGUUCACAGAUGGAUGCUCUUUCUAAUGGAAACUCAUUAAAUGAAGUGGCUCAUAUUGCAAAUGGUUCACAUCCAGGAAACUGCAUUUCCCUUCUUCGCAUAAAUGUAGCAAGUAACUCAUCUCAGAAUGUAGAACUAAUGCUGCAAGAGAGUUGCACAGAUCAAUCUGGAAGUUUAGUAGUCUACACCACAAUUGAUGUCGAUUCGAUCCAACUAGCCAUGAGCGGCGAGGAUCCUUCUUGCAUUGCACUUCUUCCACAAGGGUUUAUGAUAGUGCCAAUGGUUUCAUCAAAUAUUGAUACAUUAUCAUGCCUUGGAAAUUCAUCUGAUCAAGGUGUCACGGGAACACCAUCGUCUACUACUACUACUACUACUACCGCUAACUCAGGUUGUCUUCUUAUCAUGGGAAUGCAAGUUCUUGCAAGCACAAUUCCUUCUGCAAAGCUUAACCUUUCAAGUGUGACAGCAAUUAACAAUCAUCUCUGCAACACCCUGCAUCAAAUUGAAAGUGCUCUUUGUGGAAACAAUAAUAACAAUUGCUUUGUUGGUUCUUGCAAUGAACCAACUACUAGUGCUGCACCCCCCAAGUAGUUAACACAUGGUCCAAGUCACCAAAAUUGUUCCUUUCUCUCUUUUGGAUUUAUGGGUUUGUGGUUAUUGUUAGUGUAGGUCUAGAAGUACAAUGUCCUAGAAAAAUGAUAAGAAAAAGUUGAAUUAGCGACGGAAAUUACUGACGAAAAAUAUAAAGUCUAUCUCGUUGUCACUGAAACUAGUGAUGAGUGAACUAGAGAUAUAUUUUAUUAUUUUUCGUCUCAAAUUUCCAUCGCUAAUUUGAUGUUUUUCUAACAUUGAGAAAAUGGAUUUAGGUAAUUGACUAGACUAGUUAAGGAAGGAGCAAAGGGUAUGAUUUAUGAGUGUUUAAAAUAAAAUUGAUUUGAGUGGAGAUUAAGUAAGGGGGGGGUGUGUUAGAAAUUUGAAGUUGUUUAGACAUAAUUGAAGUGUGUUUUGAAUGGUAUUGGUGUGUGUGAGGAGGGUAGAGGGACUGAGGGAGUCAAGAGCGCACCAGAUAGUACCCUUAGCCUUAGGGCGGUGUGGUUCGGGUAUUGACUCCUGCUUCUAUGUUAGCCUCUAUUGUUCAUUUCAAUUCCAAUGUUUAUCAUAUUUUAAUUCAAAUUAUCUUUUAUCUCAUUUUAUUUUUAAGAUCUUUUUUAA